AGAAUAGAGAAAUGGGGGUGGAGAAUGGAAGCAGCACUUAGAGCUCAGAGCUAGACACAGAGUAGUGCAUGGAGAGCUGCGAGACUACUGCUGCUGCUGCUGAAAGUUAACAUGCUAAAUGGGGACUAUUAGGUUUUGUAAAUGAGCCCGCGUGAUGCUUCCCUAACGCUGAGUAACGACAGGAGCAGCCAGUCUUGCGCUUUUGUCCACAGAGCACGUUGUGACUCCAGCAGCAGCCGCUGUACAUUGGGGACAAGAAGAAGAAAUAAAGGGAUCGCUGUUGCAGAAUUGAGAGAAUGGGCGACGUGGGUUGUGGGCUGCUGACCCGGGAGAAGCACAGGCUGAGCACGUUCAUUCAGUGACAGCCCGGUGUCCAUCUGUGGAUCCCACUCGCUCUAAACUGUCAUUUCCACUAUCAGCGGCCGCCGCGCGUUUCCACACACAGAGGGAGCGAUUGACGAGCGUCACAGACACAGCGCUUGGGCUCAUUGGGGCUGAAUCCUUUUUAGCGACGCCUGGCAGCUUUUGGAGGGCGCUGUGGAUGGAGCUGCCUGGCUGCUGCUGUUGGGCAUAGUCGCUACUACUACUGCUGCUACUGCUACUACUGCUGCCAGUGCUGAGCACACAUAUGGGAGAGUGGAGUCCGCAUGGCGUGCUAUUACCUUGUCAUCAGCUCCACGCACCUCAGCAACGGCCACUUCCGCACCAUCAAGGGAGUUUUCAAGGGGCCUCUCCGCAAGCCUGACACCUCCUCACUGCCGGGCUAUGCAGAAAAGGGUAAAAGCAUAGCAAAUGCUCUUGAAGACCUGAAGGCCAAUUUCUAUUGUGAAUUGUGCGACAAGCAAUACCACAAACACAAGGAAUUUGAUAACCAUAUCAAUUCAUAUGAUCAUGCGCACAAACAGAGACUGAAGGAAUUAAAGCAAAGAGAGUUUGCCCGUAAUGUUGCUUCAAAGUCGUGGAAAGAUGAAAAAAAGCAGGAAAAAGCACUUAAACGUCUUCAUCAGCUGGCUGAACUGCGGAAGCAACAAGAUUGUGUUUCAGAUAAAGGUCCAGUAUUUAAAGAACCCAGAUUAAGAACCAAUCAGAAUGCAAUAUUCCCAAGCAAAGAUGGCAGAACCUCAAAUUCCAGAUGUACGGUUGUUUGUAAAGGAGAACCUGUUACAAACAGUGCUAUUGCAGAAAACAAAGAAGACAUUUUAUUUGGCAGGGAUAUAAUGAAUAAAAACAGAUGCUGUUAUGUUGGAAAUCAGUCCCAACUAUCAUUCACAAACAACAGCAGUGUCAACAAUAGAACAGGAGUGUCAUUCUGCUUUUCCAAGAAGGCUUUGCCGAAACUUGAUUCCUCAGCAUCAGUUUUCAAUGAGAGCACUGAAGAUAUAAAUGACUGCAGUAAGUUCUUCAAUCAAAAAGCAAAACAAAUGUCUGUAAGCUUUAGACACUAUGCACACAUGGAUGAAAAUGCAGGAGAAAAUAAUACGUUGACUUUGCAUGAGAAAACAGAUAAGCCUACCCCUAUACAUAUUCCUGCAGAUGAGGAGUCACAUAAAAAUGAUGGUGGGGUUAGUAAGGAACUAGCAGAGGUACAAAAUGAAAUUGCUCAGCCAGACUUAAACAUCAAACCACAACCUUCUGAUGUGAGUUUCAAUGAGCCCUGCAAUCAAAGCGUAAAGCUAAAUAUUUUUUCAGAGUCAGAGGAAAAUUGUGAAAGAUCUGUGGAACUAGACACAAGUAAAAGGAGUUACGAGGAAACUAUUUCCAACAAGAACUCAGCUGUAGCUGCUGUUUUAUUAGAUCAAUUAUCAGAAGACCUUUCACAAAAAAAUAAUACAAAUGAUGUAACCUGUAAGUUAAAUGUGCAAUAUUUAGAUGCACCAAAUAAUAUUGAGCUCUCUUGCAGUUCAAAUGUGAACCAUUUGAUUGCUUCUAAUCAAUCAGUCCACAGCCUAAACAAAUGCACAGAACCCACAAUUGGUGAACCUUUAAAUGUUGGUGUCCAAACCAGUGCACCAUCUUGUCUUAGUGUCUUGAGCAAAGAUGGUAGUACUAACCUUCAGUGGCCAAAAGAGCUGCUUUUGUUUACAAAAUCUGAACCGUCAAUUUCUUAUGCCUGCAAUCCAUUAUAUUUUGAUUUUAAAUGCUCUAGGAAGCAGACAUCUGGACCAGUAAGUGACAGAAUUUCCAGUACUACCGAGGAACAAGAGGAUCUGAAAACUGCAAAAGAGAAACAAACAGAUUUGGAAAGUGAACAUGACAGCCAGCCAAUAAAGCCAAAGAGGAAAAAACUCAGUUUAAAGGAUAAGCUUAUAAAAGAUUCUAAAUUAUAUUCCAAUUACAGAACUGAGAAAGAAAUUACACAAAAAAAGAUGAAUGAUAAUUUAGCACAAAAUUCCAUCAAUCACAGUGGCACACCAUAUUGUGUUGUUAGAAAAGGUCAACAUUCAAGAAAACGAAAGUGUUCAGUUCAAAAUUGGUUAGAGAGUUGUUAUGAUUCAUCACAGAAAACCGUUGAGAAUAAUUCUGUUCAAAGUGAAAAUGACUCUGCUUGGGAUAGUACAAGUGAUAAAUACAGUUCUUGCAGUACAGUCUCAAGUCUUGAAAGUGAAGUAGGUUCAGAGAGUUUGUCUCAAAUUUUUGAAUCCAAAAUCAUCUCUAAGCAUUCGGAUUCUUCCGUGAGAGCUAACUCAAAACACAGACAUCAUAGGUCAAGUAUAAUAGGAAAGCACAACAGUGAUUGGUAUCAUGGACAUAGAAAACAUUAUCAUUCUGAGGGUUCUGAACAAGAAAAGGUGUAUAAAUGUAGGAAUGUAAAGCACACAAUGUCAAAACAAAUAUCAAGAUAUCAAUGCCAAGGUGAUCAGCUAUGUCACAAGCAUGCCAGGCAGCUGCACUGUUAUAGAAAAAAUGACAAAAACUUAAAGGAUAUUUUGUGUGGAAAACAAGCAGAGAACAGAGAAUAUUCGAACCUUAGUAUUUCAGGGGAGAUUUCAGAAGAAACAACAGAUUCCUUAAGUCUCCAAAGAUGUUCUCAGAUGGGAGAAAUGUGCAACACUAUUGAAAAAGAGAAAACAACAUAUAAAUGUUAUUCCCAAAAUAUAGUCUCUCUUUCAGGAAAAUAUUGUGACAGAACUUCAGAAAAUAUUGUGAACCACAUAAUAGUAGAAGAGGAAAAAACACUCAUUGCUGAACUGCUUCUUGAAAGAGGGCAUUCUACAAAACCAGAAAUUGCUUCAGCAGAGCAAGGUGGUGCUACGGAAAUAAAGAAACAUUCAGAAAGUUUUUUAGCUGCUAAUUUUCCAUCAGCUCAUGAGACAGCAAUUUUACCCCUAAAGGAAAUGGGUACCAAUGACAUACGGGAAAAUGGAUCGCUUGAAAGCAAAAGCGAGCAGUUAGGUGCAUAUGAAGUCACUGUUUCUACAAAUGAUGAGAACUGUCUGUUUGAAGAUAUAAUCCAUAUUGAUAGUGAAUGUCGAACCUUAAAUACUGACAUCCCAAAUACUAUUAUUGAACAACCUUCACAGCAUGGUGAAGUACAUCCUAUUAUGCAAAGCUCUGAACAACUUAAUUUUAAUGUAUCAUGCCCUUUGCCGUCUCUGAUACAUUUGAGUAAAAACAACUCUCAAAUGACCAAAGAAGAAGAAAGUAAAAAUGAACAACAUAUUGUACAUAUAAAAUCAAAUCCAGUGGAAGAAAGUGUCAAAUGCUUUUAUGAUGUAACUAUGCAGGACUCCUGUAAAGCUGGAAAACAUCAAAGGCUGUGUCAUAAGACAACAUCUCCUCCUUUAACACAACAACCUAUAACUUUUUCUCCUGAUGAAGUAGAUAAAUAUAGGCAAUUGCAGCUUCAGGCACAACAACAUAUGCAGAAACAACACUUUUCUAAGCAUUUUAAAGGUUUACCUUCUAUGGGAUCAUCUGUUUUUUCAACAACAAAUACUAUACAGCCUGUUUCAGUUCAUCAUCAUCCUUCACUUACCACAAUUCAUCAUGCUCUCAUGCAGCGUUAUGCAGUCACAGCUUCCAUGCAUCCUCCACCAAAUCAUUUUCCUUUACCUCAUCUGAAUCCUUUUCCUCAGCCACACUUUUCUUCUAUUGCACUUUCUUCACUGACACCAACACUAUUUCCAGCACAACCUACAUUCCUGGCUAGUCACCCUUUGCAUUUAGUCUCUGCAACAGCAAUUCAUCCUGCCCCACUAACUUUCCAAGCAAUUCCGCACUCAGCCCUAAUUCCUACCAUUUUUACUUCCCAUACCAACACAGGAAUACCUCCAGCUAUCCAUCUUCACCCAUUGAUUCACCCUUUCUUUCAAGGGCAAGACUUUCAUCCUCUUUCUGGAACAAAUCAAUCUCACUGACAUUUACUAGGAUAUAAUGCAUAGUAAUACUAGGCUUUAGUUUACCUUAAGUGGGUUUUGCUCAUAUUAAUUUAACAAUAGGGAAGCAAAACUCAUUAAUAUUCAAAUUUGUUAUUGUUUAAGCAAUUUCUCUCUUUGUGUUAAGUAACUUGCUAAUUAAAUGCAAACUUUUAAGAAAAUAAUGGUGGAUACAGGCAACUGUUAAACAUCCUGCAGUUUUCAAUAAUUCAGUCAAUCUCAUGUUAAUCAGUUGAAAUGUCAGUUAUGUAAAGAUUUACUUUGCAAUAUUAUUAUUAUUCUUUAUAUAAUGCUCAGACAUUCAUUUAACAUUCAUUUAACCCUUUAUUCUAUUUUUGUAAUAUAUACCUGUUUAAUUAUUACAUGUGGAAAAAAGAAUUUAUGCAAAGAUUAAAUUCAAAAUGUAUUUAACCUAAUAUUUUAUUUUAGUGUUUCUUUUUUAAUUUUGGAAGAAAUGAUUGUUUCGGUUUCCCGGAUGAAUCUGGUAAAGCAAGCAGACAAAUUGGACAAAAUAAUAAAACUACAGUAAAUAAAUAGGUCAAAUAUAUCAAUUAAUAACAUAAUAGCAGUGAGUUCAAAUUAUUAUAUCUUAUAAUCAGUAUUUUUCUACAACAUAAGUAUAUUAUCCAUAUUUAGAAAUGAAGCAAUGAAGAAAUUAUCUUAUACAAUCAGCAAGUUAUUUAUGCAAACAAAUGCAAUGAACCAGAGUUUAUUGUGCCUGUCAGAACAUACAAAAUAAAAUAUGAUGGUGUCGACUUUUGCAUAUAAGUUUGGACAUAUUUAAGUACUGACUGAUCUUAUGUCACAAAUUUAUAUAUAUAUAUAUAUAUAUAUAUAUAUAUAUAUAUAUUCUACAUUACACACAUAACUUUAGUUAUAUUAACAUUAUCUUAUUUUAAAAGUAUUUAAAGACUUUGCUAAUGAAUUCAUGAUUUUGAAAUCAUCGUUAGCUACUUUGUUUUCCUACUUUAUUAAAAUCAUAUAUGUUUGCUAGUUGGCACGUUUUAGACAGAAAUAAUGUGUUAAUAUAGUAAUUAAAAGAAUAGGGAAAAUAGCUAGAUCCAAGUAGUUAUCUGGCUUUUAAUUUCUAUAAAACAGUAUUGCCCAGACCCCGAGCCCCCCCCCCAUUUUAGUCCGAACCAAGAGCAAAUUAGGUUGUGUUACAUGAUGGUAUAGGGUAAUAAUUGUGUUGAAUAGUUAUUGACUGUUCUUAAUAUUCUUUGGGAUGAUUAACAGAACAGUGUUUUUAUUUGUAACAUUACAACUAGAUGAGGGUAGCCCUGAAGAAAUGUUGACCACAAAGUGGGACCUAAAGCCACUGAAAAUCUGAAAACCACUAUUAUAAACUGAAAUCUUAAAACAGAAAAGUUGUGCUUACAAUUAAGCUAUAGCAGAAAAGCUUACACAAUGAAAACUUUCUUUUCUAUAGCCCACAAAAAAACUUACAUAGAUGUUAACAAUAUUUUACAGAUAUUUAGAAUUAAAAUAUAGCCACUUCCUUUGUGCUAUUUAUUGAAGAAUAUUCUGUUACAUGGAUAAGAAUAAAUGUAUACUUUUGCCAUAUAAAAAAAUAUGUUCCACGAUUCAAAGCUUUCAUUUAAAAAUAUAUAAUAAAUAUUUUAUGAAGAUAUCUUUACAGAGAAUUAGAAGAGUAAUGUAACUUUAUAAUGUAAUGUAAUAUCUUACAUUAAAAUAUAAUUUUAAGCGUACUAGUUUAAUAUCACUAGGGCUUUUUAUUAUUAAAAUCUGUUGGUGUAUUCUAUGGCCCCUUCCAGGAUGCAGGUGUAGGGGACAAUUUACCAGCUACACAAACAAGCUAGCCAUCAAUUAUCAGCAGUAUUCAUGUGCAUUCACAUUUGUUAUUAUCAAGCACAUUUUCAUCUUUAUUUUGUGUCACUAAAAUCAGUUAUUUUUAGAAAUAAUUUUAGUUUAUUCUUUUUUUUUUAUUUUAGUUUUUCAAUUUCUUUGUGUCUAAAUGUACAGCUGUAAAGCACAAUUUUCCACUCAAAAAUCUUUUCAUCUCAUCAUUUUCACCAUUAUUAAAAAGGGUUUUGCUCUAAAACUCUUGAAUUCAAAGGAGAAAUUUCAAAAUUCGAAUUUUAGAAUGUAUUAAAUACAAAAAACUUGGUAUCUAACAGCGGCUGAGUUCAUGUAAAAUUCAAUAGGAGUUGAAUGGGUAAAUGUAAGCAAUUGUUUCAUUCUGCAUUUUUUCAACAACAAAUAAUGUUUUUAUUCAGUUUUUUGAGUUCUUCAAUGUAAGCAUACUUUUGAGUUUAUUGCAUUUUCUAGUUUAUCUGCAUUUAAAAAAAAUCUCUAAACUCUAAAAUGUACAAAUGUACAAAAUAACUCGAAUUGAAUUGAAUUUGUAUUCUAUGCAUCAUUUUUAUUGCAUCCACGACUCAAAAUAUUUGAAAAAUUGUUUACAUACUGAACUUCCAUUCACUUUUAUCUAAAUCAAAUUGUUUUUAUUAUUGUGUAAGCUAUUUUCCUAUAGAAUGGUUAUUCCAUAUACCAACUUUAUAUAAAACUAUUUCAGCAAAACAUAUUUUGAUAAUUCAGCUGUCAAGUAAUUAUAGGUUGAGAUAAAAUAACAGAAAAAAAUACUUGUGAAUUCACAUGGAUUUAAAACCACAUUAUAAGAGACACCUUUCAUACAGAUCUGAAAUGAUACUUAGACAAAAUGGUAACAAUCAGAAGCUUGAGAUGGUGCCAUGUUUUGCUUAAAGGGUGGAUUCAUGGACAAUCCAAAUCUGAAUUUGGCCAUGGAAAGGGGAUUAUGGCCAAUAGAAUUAGGGGGUUAUUUACUAAAAUCCAAAUUUAUCUCAUAAUAUUAAAUUAAAAAAGCUCAACCGAACUCCCAUGCGCUAUUAAAUACUUGUUUUAAUCGCAUAGUUAAAAAAUUUAUAAAAUCUAACAAAAACCCGAAU